GGCCUCACCAAAAUACAACUCCCAUCUCGACCCUCGCACGCCGAGCCCCGUCGUCCAAUCUGAAUAUGUGGGAGGAGCGCGUCCGCCCACAAAAGCCACAGCUAUCUCCCCGUAUCUCCCCAUAAAAAAAAACCAAUUGUACAAGAAAAAUCAGGGAAUACGCGUUAAACACAAACACUGGUGACGGUUUGUUUUCGGUGCACGACGGACGGCGACGAGGCGUCCCCGCGUCGUGCGGCGAGAGAAACGGCGGCGACAGGCAGGAGCAGCGAAGAGGGUGUUGUCCUGAUGCUUAAAUGGAAGUGGGUGGGCCUCUACGGUCACACACCGCCAACUUCUCUGUGGAUAUCAUUCUGACAAGCGCUAUUUCACUCGUUUAUGGACUGGCUAUCCGGUAAAAAGAGACAUACGACGGGGCUGCGAGGGGGCCGACGGGCCGGGGACGGUCACUGUGUGUUCUUCGUUUAUUUCCGUUAUUUGGGGCUGCUUGAUUGUGCCUGCGCUUGGCACCGCCCUUCCUGGCCGGUGGGUGGUUUCGUCAAACGGGCAGAUCCGCCACGGCCCAGCGCCGAACAUAUAGGCCGUCCUCCGCCUCUGUACCCGGCCGGCCUUCUACCGUGAACUACACCCUCUCCCUCUCGGUAUAUUAAUGCGUUAUGAGUGACUCGAAGAAGGAAUCAUCUGGAACUGAAGGAGGGAAAGCAUCUAAAAAGGGGAAAAGUUCUGGAUCGCAGCCAGCCAGCCAGACACCUCUGGGGGCGUUUCUCUGGUGAAUUCCACUUCCUGCUUCUGUGCAGCCCUGCUGAGAGCCAGCCCAGAGCUUCUUGAAUAGGCUUAUAUGGCUGUCACACUUCAACCACUGUACUUUUGAAUUGUCUGUUUGAAUUAGGCUCAAAAAUAUUCAAUUCUGCAUAUGGAUUCAUUUUGAAGACCCGCAGCGUUGGAUUCUUCUCAGCCCUCUCCGUUGGCUCUGCUAGCGGCCACCUGCAGUAAGAUCGGAGGGCAGGGGGGAGCAGAGGGGGCCCAGGCCCAAGUGGGGGCCCAGCAGAUCCAGGUCCAGGCUGGUCAGAUCCAGCUGCAGGCAGGUCAGCUCCAGGGUCAGAUAGUGGUGGACACAGCUGGAGGUCAGGCCCUGGUGCCCCAGCAGCUGGAACUGGUCCCAGCUCAGUUCACAGGGAACGGCUGGCAGAUCAUCACAACAGCGCCUACUAUGGCCAAGGAGAACACCAAUCAGCCUGUAGCUGUGACGGUGGCCACCACCUUGGCUAAUGACAGCUCACCUGGCGGACGCAAGGUGAAGCAAGUAGGUGGGACCAACAGCGUUGCAGCCAACCAGCAACAGCAGCAGUUCCAGAUCAUCCAGGUUCAGAACCUGCCCAAUGCUGGGGGCGGGGUCCAGUAUCAGGUCAUCCCUCACCUGCAGACAGCAGAUGGACAGCAGAUCCAUAUCAGCCCAGCUCACACAGCCUCCAUCGGGGGUCUAUCAGAGCAGGUCCAGCUCAUCCAGACCCAGAGUCCAAGCCAGACCCAGACUAUCCUCCAGCCAGCCAACCAGCAGACCAUCCUGACAAGUACAGCCAAUCAGACGGUCCCGCUGCAGAUCCGCCCUGCGCAGUCUUUCCCACUGCAGCUGCAGACUCUGCAGGGCUCCCAGACUCCUGUCAUGACCACUGUACCCAUAAACCUCGGUGGCAUGACCCUGGCUUUGCCUGUGAUAAAUAAUGUUGGAGGGGGCGGAGCUGUGCAGCUUAUCCAAUCAGCAGAUGGCACAUUCUCUGUUGCCAAUGGCAACCAGCUGGUGACAACAGCAGUGUCUGGGGCAGCUCCUGCUACAGCAUCAACUGGCACGACAGCAGUAGCCGAAGGUGACAGCGUGUCUGAUGGGACACAAAUGGUUUCUGUUGGAUCAGAGGGUGGACUAGCUGACACCCAAGUGCAGAGCAGUGAGGCGGACUCUCAAAGCCAGAACCAGGCCAACGGGCUGCAGAACCAGACAGAUACAGCAGGAACCAUCCAGCAGGUGAUCGUAGGUCAGGUGGGGCACCAGUUGGUGCAGCAGAUUCAGCUGCAGCCCCAGGCUCAGAGUCAGGGUCAGACCCAGGGCCAGCAGCAACCUCAGCACAUUCAGACCCUCCAGUUGGCCCCAGGACAAACCCUGCAGCCCAUCCAGGCCUUCCAGAACCCAGCCCAGGUCCUCAUUCGUGCCCCGACCCUGUCCCCGUCUGGGCAGAUCACCUGGCAAACACUGCAGCUGCCAGGUGGGGUCUCCUUGCAGGGUGGCCUCGGGGCAGCCAUGCCACAGCAGCUGACACUGGCCCCAGUGGCUGGUGGGACGACAGUGGGGAGUGGCGGGUUGGUGUCCCUGAGUGGAGCUCCCCUGACGCUGAGCGCAGCCCAGAUCAACCCAGGGUCAGGGGUACAGACGGUCAGCAUUGCAGGGCUGGGCACUGCUGGGGUUCAGGUGCAGGGUGUUCCCCUCACCAUUACUGGUCUACAGGGUCAACCACAGGGUCAGGAUGGGGUCAAAGUUCAGUCGUCUCCUGUGACGGUCACUGUUGGCAACGUGGCAUCAGGCUCAUCGAUGAGUCCAGACCAACUGGGCUCCGUACAGAGUUCUUCAGACCAGGAGGGACCGCCCAGCAAGAGGCUUCGUCGCGUCGCCUGCUCUUGUCCGAACUGCAGGGAUGGAGAGGGAAGGAACAGCGGGGACCCCACAAAAAAGAAGCAGCACAUCUGCCAUAUGGAGGGCUGUGGGAAGGUGUACGGCAAGACAUCCCACCUGAGGGCCCAUCUGCGCUGGCACACCGGUGAGAGGCCGUUCGUCUGUAACUGGAUCUUCUGUGGCAAGAGGUUCACCAGGAGCGACGAGCUGCAGAGACACCGGAGAACACACACGGGAGAAAAGCGUUUUGAGUGUCCUGAAUGCUCCAAGCGCUUCAUGCGCAGCGACCACCUCUCCAAGCACAUCAAGACCCACCAGAACAAGAAGGGCGGCGCUGCGGUGGCAAUCAUCACCACUGAUGACAUGGAGGAAGACGCCCCCGAAGGCCUGGGUGCCUCCCCUCAGAUAGUUGCUGUGGCGACCCUCUCGCGUGACUCGGACCCUGCUACACCCACCACCUCUAAUCACCUGGAGGAAGAGGAGGAGGAAGAGGAGGAGUUUGAAUAGGCAACUGACUCCUGUCUAUUUGCGGAAGGCUGACUUCCUGUUUUUUUGGGAGUCUUUGCAGGGACUGUAAAUGGAUGGCUAAUUUUUAUUUUCCUUUUUAUUAACUUUUCAUUUUUCAUCAUUUUAAAAAUGUUGCUCUCUCAUGAAAAGGGACUCAAAAGAGACGGGAUCAUGCAAUGAACAGAAACCGAAAAAUAUAAACAAUCUAAAAAAAACUAACAGAUAUAAUAACAAAAAUUUUGUCUACACGUAUGAAUAAUUAGUUUGGCAUUUAUAAAAUGAAUCUAUAAUAAUUCCAUGCCUGGUGGGGUAAGGAAUGUAAGUAGUGUUUAGAUUAGCACAAGACAGGGGAACCUGCUGAAUCUAAAACCAUCCAACGUGGAGAGACACUUUCCUAAAUCGCAACAGAAUCUAACUCUAUGCACAAAGUUGUGUUCCUGUUUCAUACCUGUCAGACAGUGCUGGGGGUCAAUCAUGGUACAGGGCUGUUGCAGAGCGGUGAUAAAGCAGGGGGCAGUCUUGGGAUGUUGUGUGCGUGUAUAUGUGACCUGUACGAAUGAGUGUGCGUUCGUAUUCCCAUGCUGUCAUGGAGAGGAUCUACCUAAUUUGAGUUUUAUUCAUGGUUCAGGUUCAGUCCUCAGAUCAGAUUCAGGUGUUGAUUCCUUCAAGACCAGUCAACGGAUAAACUGUUAUUGAAGAAGAGAGGAGGGUGAUUCUAAAAAAAUACAAUAAAAUAAAAUAAAAAUAAAAAGAGUAGAAAAAAAGCACAUAUAAAAAGAUUUAUAAAUAAUGCAUUCCUAUUGAGGCGCAGUGGCCAUUAGAAAAAAGGUUUCUAUAGAGAAAAACAAUCUAGCUUUCUACAACUUUGUUUGUGUAGUGAAAGCAAUACUAUAAUGACAAUCCUAGUGAAACCAUGUUUACAUUGUCAGGGGAAGUUUUCUCUGUUAAUAAAACAAGCCAGUUCGCUCUAAGAUUAGGAAAAAACGUCUGAAAGCAGUGCUGUCGUCGGUUGCCUUGCAGAUACCACAGGGUAUGUUUAACAUCACAGCUGCGCAGUCUAUCCAGUGUGAGUUCUUAAUAUGAUCCAUGUCCAUCAGAUGGUACCUGGUAGAUUCGGAUGACGGCACCGUCACUGAUGCUGCUUUUUGCCUCCUGUGCUCUGGUGACGCACCCCUCUCCACCUCCAACCCCGCCACGUAACCGACGUACCACAAUUGCCUUAACACAAGCUGUCGUACAGAGGGAACUCAGGCGGGUGGAGAAAGCGGGGCGCUCUCCUGCAUUAUUAGGGGGUUACACGGAGAGCAGACCACAGCACAGAGGUAAAGAGACAGAGUGAUGAGAGUUGCGGGUGGGAGUGGGUCGGGCUAUUUAGCUGUGUGGAUAUUAUGAGAUGUUUUCUGGUGGUGUUGCUCUGUGUUAGUUCAGUGCGUACCUUCUUUUUAAAUUAAAAGAUACUUUAUUUUAUAGAAUUUAUCAGUUGUUUUAAAAAAAGUCCCCUCCCCAUGUGUUAACACACAGGACCCCAAUGUGUACGGCUAAUUUAUUAUUUAUCCUUGAUUUGUACUAUUUGCCUUUUUGCUGGUAUUUGUGUGCGUUGAUUCUGAGGUCGUGUACAGCAUGUUUCAGUUUUUUGCCGUAGUGCUGCUUCUUUCUUCUUUACUCUUUGUGCUUCGGUUUUCUUUUUCUACGUCUGACCAUUGCUGUUCAUUUCUUCUUCUCUUUGCGCCAUAAUGUGUUUUUGGAGAAAAAUAAAUAACAAAAGAAGAAGAAAGCAAAAAAGUUACUAUUUGUUUAAAGUUGAAAACGGUUGAUACCAAACAAAUUUAGAUGUUUUUGGUAAUAUUUUGUGUGACAACCAACUUUUCUUUCUUUGAUAUUUUGUAGUGACAUCUCAUUUGUAAAUCUUUUUCUAAAGAUGUUUGUUCGUCUCCAUGACAUUUGAUAAUGGGUUUUUUGCCAGGUUAGCCUCAAAGGCCCCAGUUUAUUGAUAUUUUUAAAACUGGUUUGUACAAACGUGUUAUGUCAAUAAAAAAAGAAAAAAAAAGGACAACUUCAAGCAGAAAAUAUACUUUGCCUGCAUAACACUUGACAAUAAAGUGAUUAAAACGGUCUUAAAUCCC